UAUAUUUCUCCAUCCCUUAAAAAUACGCAGCGUGGCUGACCGCAAAUUUUGCGUAAACUCUCGUAGAAAUCCUCGCCAAUCCUCGAAAGAAUGUCAGCUCUCAACCUGACCGUGCGCGUGCACCCGGUGGUGCUGUUCCAGGUGGUGGACGCCUUCGAGCGCCGCAAUGCGGACUCGCACCGCGUCAUCGGCACGUUGCUCGGCUCCGUGGACAAGGGAGUGGUGGAGGUGACAAACUGCUUCUGUGUGCCGCACAAGGAGCACGACGACCAGGUGGAGGCGGAACUGAGCUACGCCCUGGACAUGUACGACCUGAACCGCAAGGUGAACCCCAACGAGAGCGUGGUGGGCUGGUGGGCCACCGGCAACGAUGUGACGAACCACAGCUCGGUGAUCCAUGAGUACUAUGCCCGCGAGUGCAACAACCCGGUGCACGUCACCGUGGACACUUCGCUGCAGGGCGGGCGCAUGGGCCUGCGGGCCUAUGUGUGCAUCCAGCUGGGAGUGCCUGGCGGCAAGACCGGCUGCAUGUUCACGCCCAUUCCCGUCGAGCUGACCAGCUACGAGCCGGAGACCUUUGGCCUGAAGCUGCUCCAGAAGACCGUGGGCGUGUCGCCCGCUCACCGUCCCAAGACAGUGCCGCCGAUGCUGGAUCUGGCCCAGAUCUCGGAGGCCUCGACGAAGCUGCAGUCGCUGCUGGACCUGAUCCUCAAGUAUGUCGAUGACGUGAUCGCCCACAAGGUGACGCCGGACAACGCCGUGGGCCGCCAGCUGCUCGACCUCAUCCACUCCGUGCCGCACAUGACCCACGAGCAGUUCACCCAGAUGUUCAACGCCAACGUGCGCAACCUCCUGUUGGUCAUCACCCUGUCCCAGCUUAUUAAGACCCAGCUACAGCUGAACGAGAAGCUAACCUUCCUGCCCACGGCCUAGAUCUGAGUGCCGGCGGAGGUGAACUGGGGAUAUCUUAAGGAAAAAGUGUAAAAGCCGAUUGUAUUGGAUUAUGUUUUCUAUUAAUGGUCUGAGUAAUAAAGUGCUCUGGUCGCCCAA